CCAAACUUUGACCCAUUAUUAAGAAUGUAUAUCUCUUCUUAGAGAUAUACAGCCGUUGCAGGGUACGAGUAAUGCCCACUUUGCUCCCAGGCCAUUAUAUAUAUAAGCUUGAACAGUUCCCUCCUUCUAACGAUUCUCUCUUUCCCUCACUAUUUUAUCAGUCCCUAAUCUUCAGACUGCUUCUAAAACAUAAUGGCUCUUCCUACGAGAACUCUUGGUAGACAUGGCCCUCAAGUCACAGGUCUUGGCCUAGGGCUCAUGGGCAUUGGUGGCAUAUACGGCCCCGCCGGCAGCGAUGAGCAACGCCUAGCGUUAUUGGACCAUGCUCACGAGAUCGGAGAGCAUUUCUGGGAUACAGCUGACGUCUACGCUGAUAGCGAGGAUGUAAUUGGCAAGUGGAUUCAAAAGAACCCGUUGAAAUUCAACGACGUUUUCCUAGCGACGAAAUUUGGCCUUGGUUUAGCCCAUCCUCAAGUCAUCGACUCUAGUCCCGAGUAUGUCAAAUUAGCGUGUCAAAAGAGCCUUGAUAGGCUUGGGGUUGAGACAAUCGAUCUCUAUUACUGUCAUCGCGUGGAUGGAAAGACUCCCAUCGAGAAAACCAUCGAGGCUAUGGUGGAGCUGAAGAACGAGGGUAAAAUCCGCUAUCUCGGCCUCAGCGAAGUCUCCGCGGCAACCCUCAGCCGAGCACACGCGGUGCAUCCGAUCUCUGCGGUGCAAGUGGAAUAUAGCGCCUUUGCCAUGGAUAUCGAGGAUCCGAAAAUCGGUCUGCUCCAAACCUGCCGUGAGUUAGGUGUCGCGGUCGUCGCCUACAGUCCCAUGGGCCGUGGAUUACUAGCCGGUCGUUAUAAAUCUCGUCAGGACCUCGCUUCAGAACAACCGUUCCUGGUCAAUAUGCCCCGCUAUUCAGAGGAUAACUUUCCGCGUAUAUUGGAACUGGUUGAUAAGCUCAAAUCAAUGGCGGCGGGGAAGGGUUACAGCGCCGCUCAAUUGGCGAUGGCGUGGUUGAUGGCUCGUGGCCAGGACAUCAUUCCAAUUCCGGGUACACGCAGUAUCAAGUAUCUGGAAGAGAAUGUGGGUGCGCUCGAGGUGAGAUUGUCGGCCGCUGAGGCGGAGGAAAUCAGCAAUGCCGUAAGGAAGACAGAGCUGCAGGGCGAUAGAUAUCCUGACAGUUUCCCCUCCUCCUUUAUUUUCGGAGACACUCCCUUGCUAUCAUAGGCUUCCGAUAUAACCGAUGCGGCAGGCCUCAAAACCUCAGCGAUAUCACCGUGGAAUCACCCUAGACAUCUUACCCGAAUAUUUGUCUCACGGUUGCCUUCGUUCUUCGUUGUGGCUAUUUAAAUAGAAGUAGUGCUCGCUACCAGACUUAUAUAUCAAGCCACUUACUUCAACCGUUUAUCCGUGCUUUAUAUGGCGACUGUCCGCACACAGGAG